ACGCAGCGCACCUUCGGGCAAAAGAAAAAAAGGUAGUAAAAUAAAAAAAAAAAGAAAACAAGAUCAUUCCCCGAUCACCAACCGACGAAACCCGCACCCACUCCUCCGGCCACCGACGCCGCAGCCGGCGGCGCAGAGAGGGGAGAUCCACGCCGCCGCGAUGGGCCGCAAGCGCGCGCUCCUGGUGGGCAUCAACUACCCAGGCACCAAGGCUGAGCUCAAGGGCUGCCACAACGAUGUGGACCGCAUGCACCGCUGCCUCGUCGACCGCUUCGGCUUCGACGAGGAUGACAUCCGCGUCCUCCUCGACCGCGACUCCUCCGGGACGCAGCCCACCGGCGCCAACAUCCGCCGGGCGCUGGCGCAGCUCGUCGGGGACGCGCGCCCCGGGGACUUCCUCUUCUUCCACUACAGCGGCCACGGCACCCGUCUGCCCGCCGAGACAGGGCAGAACGACGACACCGGCUAUGACGAGUGCAUCGUUCCCAGCGACAUGAACCUUAUCACAGAUCAAGAUUUCAGAGAACUUGUGCAAAAGGUGCCCAAUGGUUGCUUAUUUACCAUCGUCUCUGAUUCUUGCCACAGUGGUGGCCUAUUGGACAGCGCCAAGGAGCAGAUAGGUAAUAGUACCAGGCAGAAUCAAACCCAGUCCCGUGAACGCGAAGAGCCUUCUGAUUCUGGCAGUGGUUUCCGGUCAUUUCUCAAAGAAACUGUUCGGGACGUGUUUGAGUCUGAGGGAAUCCACCUCCCUCGUAGUCGCCAUAGCCAGAGCCACUAUGGAGGUGAGGACCAGUAUGAGACAUACGCUCAACCAACUGAUGGCCACACUAAAAAUCGGUCACUGCCACUUUCAACUCUUAUUGAGAUGCUUAAGGAGAAAACUGGGAAGGAUGACAUUGAUGUGGGCUCAAUUCGUAUGACAUUGUUCAACAUCUUUGGAGAUGAUGCUAGCCCAAAGGUCAAGAAAUUCAUGAAAGUCAUGCUUGGGAAAUUCCAGCAAGGCCAAUCAGGCGAACAGGGUGGUCUCAUGGGAAUGGUUGGCUCCCUGGCUCAAGAGUUUCUGAAGGUUAAGCUUGAAGGCAACGAGGAAGAAGCUUUCAAGCCAGCUAUAGAACAAGAGGUUCACAGUGUUGACGAGGUGUAUGCUGGGACUAAGACAUGGGCACCUAACAACGGCAUUCUGAUCAGUGGGUGCCAAAGUAAUCAAACAUCAGCCGAUGCAACCACACCGCAGGGUUCUUCAUAUGGUGCCCUCAGCAAUGCUAUCCAGACCAUUCUUGCAGACAAGCGCGGAAAUGUGUCAAACAAGGACCUUGUGAUGAAAGCACGGUCAUUGCUGGCUAAGCAAGGAUACACUCAGCAGCCUGGACUUUACUGCAGCGAUGACCAUGUUCAUGUGUCUUUUAUAUGCUGAAACAUGUAUCAUUACACUUUAUGGUGUUCUCUUUUUUUUUUUUUUGUGUUGAGCUGUGCAUGAGGGCUUGAAGCUUCCCUGGUAUACGUUACUGUUGCGUGUCUAUGGCAGUACCAUUUAAACGCUAUGCUUUGAUGUAGACCAUGUCUAUACUAAAAUAAGGGUGUGACUAAACAUUUAUACAUAAUAUAUGCAUAUAUAUGCAAACAAAUUUUCCUUGAGUUUUA